CCAGGGUCAUUGAGAUGGCUGCUACCUCCCAGUUUGCCAGUCGAUACAAAAAGGAUCUCAGUACAGAAGCCCUCAGAACAAAAGUGGCACGUAGAAAAUCAAUGCUUCAGAAGGAGAACAGACACAAGUUGUUUGAAAAAGGCAGACACUUUGGAUUGGCAGAUGUCAAUAUUCAGCUCUCAAGAGAGAAGGGAAAUCCUCAACUAAAGGAGAGGAGUGAAACAUGUUCUCAAGAGGACAGCAGUGUCAAACAGAAACAAGCUGCAAAUGCAGCCUCCAAGAGGAUUAAUGAACGCAAGGAAAUGCUCCAGCGCUAUAAAGAAGAAAAGGAACUUCGAAAACUGAGAGAGCAGAGAGAGAAAGCAAAGAAGGGCGUGUUUAAAGUUGGGUUAUAUAGACCAACUGCGCCAGGUUUUCUCUCAUUUGUACCUGAAGAUCCAGUGAUAGUGAAGCAGAGAGAAAAGGCAGCUCCUGCUUUCUCUGGGAGGAUUACUCGAUCAAAGGCCAAGAACCAAGAAGAAAUAACUGUGAUACCAACUGCAUUUAAGCACUCUAUGGUCUCUGCCAACGGGCAUAAAGUGCGCCCUAUGCAAGCAGGAUGUCAACAGACGAGUACAGACAAAGCUGGUGAAAAAGCAAAAGUGUUGCAGACUGCAGUCCAGACAGCCUCAAAUGUAAGAAUCACCAGAGCAGCAGCCUCUGCAGCUAGGCAGAUGCAGAAAACGACAGCUACUGAGGCUACUACUGGUAACCAGUCACAAAAGAAGACAGCAAAUGCAAGAAAGCAGAAGAAAACAGUCAAACCUGGCAUCACAGAGGUAAUUCCUUCUGAACAUGAAGUGGAUAAAAACACUCAACCGGAUCCAGUGAUGAAAGGUUCUGCAGCUGAUUCUAAACAUCCAGUGUCAAUAGAAAUUCAACAGGAACAAACCUCAGUGGAAAACAAAACCAGUUCUGCUCUGAGGAGACCCAGAAUGCAUUCUUUUGCGCCUCAAAACUUUGUGUUCCAGCCAUUAAAUGGAUUAGAAACUUACAAAAUUAGACCCAUGACUCCUUCUAGGGCAAAUGCAUUUUUGACACCUAAUGCCUUCUGGGAUUUUUCAGAAUCACCAGGUGUUACAAUUAAAAAAUCCAGUGAAACUAAGGCACAAGAGGCUAAUUUUAAAAGUCCAGUUUCACCUGCUGGUAAAGACAUUCAAGAACAACAAGCCCCUACAAGUUUGGAAGAAGAAAAAGCAAGUGAACUGGAUGAAAAAACUUCCAUUCAGAAAUCAAAUUCCAGAGCUCCAAUCUCUCCAGAUACAAGAGUGCUUGAAACCAAGUCAGAUGAUAUAAGAGAGCAAGAGCAUGAUGUGCCCUAUUUCAGAAACAUUCUUCGGUCUGAGACUCAGAGCCUGGAGUCUCAGUGCCUCCAGUGGGAAGGAAAAUUAGAGUUGGACAUUCCAGAGGAUGCUAAAGAUCUUAUUCGUACCACGACUGGUCAGACAAGACUGCUCCUUGCAGAAAGAUUUCAACAGUUUGAAGGACUGGUGGAUAAUUGUGAAUUUAAACGUGGUGAAAAAGAAACGACAUGUACAGACUUAGAUGGAUUUUGGGAUAUGGUUAAUUUUCAGAUCAGAGAUGUGAAUAAAAAAUUUGAUGAUCUGAAGAAGCUCCAAAACAAUGAAUGGCAACCACUUGAUGUCCCAAGCAAAGCAAUUGUAAAGAAAAAGACUAUUACAAACAGAGUGUCUAAACCAAAGCUGGGAACAGCUGGAAGAACUGCAGCCCAAAACCGGCUUGCUGCUGUAAAAGCAGCUAUGAGGGAUAAAAUGAAGCAUGAUGGAGCUGCUGAUCAUACACAACAGGAGAAGCUACCACAGGCAGAAAAAGUGGUUUUUGAAGGGGGAUUUUUCACAAUUGAAAGCCCUGUGAAAACCUUUCCAGGCUUGCUUUCAAAGACACCUUGCAGAUCUUCCCAGCGGACUUCUGAAAAACUGGCAACUCCAAGAUCAUCCAGUAGAGCUUUGUUUCCAGGCAUUCCUUCUGCCCUUCAUCACCCUGAGGAUACAACUGCAGAACAAACACCAUCAGUGCCCAAAGGCUUCCACCCAGCACCAGAUUUGAAAAUGCACCAGUUUCCUGUUGGAAAAACUCCCCCACUGGAAAAACUCCCUGGUGGUUUUCUUGAACAAAGCAUUUCUGUAGUUGCUGAAGAACAUUGCUCUGUUGCUGGCACAGAAGAGGUAAAUAAGGUGCUGGAGGAUUCUAGCAGUGAAUUAAAAGUAAUGGAUGGCACAGAAGAGAUGGUAUUAUCUGCUGCAGAACAACAAGAUAUUGUCAUGUGCAGUCCAGAGAAGGAUAAUGGCGCAGAGACUAACUUUGUUCAGUCUGGAGAACCAAAACCACAUCAAACAGAUGUUUCAUGCAAUAAUUUGACAUCUACUGAGAGAAAUCCUUCUGAUAUACCAGUGCUGGAUGCUGAGCUUCCCAUCACUCCAGUCAAGACCAUAGCCCAGAAGUUUGCAGCAGCUGAAGCAUUCAAUGACCUUAUUGUAUUUUCUCCAUUUUCUUCCUCUGGGGAAAAAUGAAAAUUAACUUGAAAUUAAAAAUAUGUAAAUUAUACCAACAAAACCCCCAGGUAUCUGGAAUCAUCUGUUACCCUUGAACUGUGGUCUGAGUGAAUGAAUGCCUGUAGCACUUUGUAGUGGAGCUCAUAAAAAUAUUUCAUAAUGUUUUACAGUGCAGUCAGUCUGUACUGUAAGUACUGCUGUAUAUUAGCAGUGGGGUGUUCACUGGUUUUAUACCUGCUGUAUCCAAUGAUUGCAUAUUUUGCCUACAACAUGAAAUAUUUUUAGUUUUGUAUAAUUCUAUGUAUUGCCUGUCUACUUCAAGCUUUAAAACUAUUCAUUUUUAAACUUCUAUAUUCUGACCUUACUUACCUCAUAAAUUAUUAUGAGACGCCUACCAGACUAGCUGUACUGGUGCCCUGUUUCUGACGCGUGCAUGCCUUCUGAGGUAACUCAACAUUUUACCUCCCUAAGCACUGUUACAUGCUCGGUCACUGCUCUGAGGAUGCUGUUGCACCCUUAGGCUCUGGUAUUCUGUGCGUUAACAACUGCCUGAGCAGCAGCUGUGGCAGGGAUUGAUGCAUGUCUUUUUUAAUUCUGUGGGAGUCUUUUUUUGUGUUUAACAACCACUUGCUUUGUAAUAGUAGAAACUCAGAACAAGGAAUUCUGAGUCAGAUAAUAUCUUUUCCUGGCAAUGUAUUAAAAUAGGCACUGGAUAUUUUCUUUAAGGACACAGUUAUCUGUUGAGUCUCUUAAGUACUUUCAAGCUCAGUUGUAUUCUCUCUUUGCUUUUUUCAUGUGAAAAUCUCUUAACCUCUUUCUCUGAACACUUGACAUGCUAACCUCAGCCUCUCCUUGCAUCUUAUUGCUGUGCAUUCUCUUCUCUGGACUGUAAUGUAUUUAUGCAUAAGGAGUAUGCCAGUUAUAUAUACUUGAUUUGAGCAAUCGUAUUAGGAGUACAGUUGAGUGCUAUAUUUUUAACCAAUAUCUGACUCAGCUUCUUGUAAUGGUGACCUUAGUGUAAUGCACACAUUCUUCCUCUAGCCUUCACUUUAAACCAAAUGAAGGUAAUUCAAAUCCCUCAGCAGAAAGCAUCGCCAGUACAGCUUGGGGAGCUUGUAUGACAUGAAUUUUAACCUGGAAGCUGUGUACUGAUUACACUGAAAUAAAUAGAGGAAGCUAACGUGA